CCAAUCUCAAAUAUCUCUCUUCUUAAAACAGAAGCAAACUUUGUUUCUUAUUCUAAUCUUUCCGACACGGGAUUUUUUUUGCAUGGAGGGUUUUAGGAGAAUUGAGUCUCGGACGAGUUCAGAGUCUUCUGCCUCUGAGUUGACUCCUCAGACAUCACCCGAGUUUGCUCAAAAUCCAAGCCUGGAUUCUCUGAUAACAGAAUCUACCUCUACAGAAUGGACAGAUGAGAAGCACAGUUUAUACCUUAAAUCCAUGGAAGCAUCAUUUGUUAACCAGUUAUAUGAUUCAAUGAGUUCUCUUGGCUGGAACUCAAAGGACAAAUUGCCAGGAUCAAAAUCAUCAAGGAAAACACAUUGUAUCUCCUCAGGCCAGUUUAAGGUUAUUCGAGGUGGUUGCUGGAAGAAGAUCAAUUUUGAAAGGCCUGGAUUUCAACUAAAUAAAAGAGACGGCUCUCAUUCUUUUGUGGCGAGUCCAUGGAUCCAGCACUUCAGAUCUAGGCCUACGUCUUGUGGUAUUUCAGCCUCUUGUAGUCUUCAAGAUAAUGCUUCAUCCAAAGAGGUGUCGGAUCAGAACUUCAUAGACGAGAAACAAGGUGAAAGUACUGGCGGUGAAUGCGGCCUAAAGAAGCUGAAAACUUUGGUAACUGAUGCUUCAUACAAUGAUCAGGUUGUUCCAUGAGGUGAAGACUUGAACAGCUACGACGAAUAAAAAGUGGGCAUCCACCAAAGCAAGUGAUUUGUGUGAUUGCAUCCUGAUACAGUGAGCAAACUGAUUACAUAGACGUUUUUGGUGACUUAAAUUUUUAAUGCCGAAUGCUUUUGUGUUACAUGCAUAUAUGUAUGCGGCACCGAUGACAGAGCCGGAAUGAUGGGGGUAGUUCAUUUAGGGCUUUUCUUCCUGUAAAUAUAGCAAAGAUUGUGGUUAGUAUUUUAGUAGUUUUGGUGGAGGAUGUUCACUGUUGGUUUGCUGAUGGUUCUUUUCUAUGUAUGCAUAUAUUAUUCUACCAUAUCAUGCAGU